AUGGAUCUGUCAAGGGGGAAAGUCAUAAUUGAAACAGAUAUCAAUGAACACACAAUAGACGAAAAUGUAUUUUUCUUCGAGCCAAAGAAGGAAGACGUAUAUGACGAAAACACAAACCUGAGGUACAUCUUCCACAACACAUUCAUAAAUACAGAUGAAGAAAUUGCAAUAAGUGAAUUCAAAAAGUAUUGUAAAAAUAAAUCCUUAAAAAUAAAUAAAGCAUUCUUCGAAAAUGAAUGCUUGCGUUACCUGUACUCAGCGCAAUUCGAUUUUGCAAAAGCGUUAGAUUUGAUUAAGAGUAAUUAUGAAUUUAGACUGUCCAACAUUCUACCCAUAAAAGAAGAAGAUGUUAUAGGUUAUAUUAACAAAGGAGUGAUAUAUUGGCAUGGAAGAGAUAAAAAAUGUAGACCCAUUCUGAUAAUCAAUUUAUUGAAUGUCGAAUCGUUAGAUGUAGAAAGAUUAACAAAUUUGUUUUUUUUCUGUUUCGAAUUCUUUUUAAAAUAUUUAUGUAUACCUGGGAAGAUAGAAAAUUAUAUAUCCCUUGUUGACUGCUCUGGCAUUUCUUUAUCUAAAUUUCCCAUGUCUACAUUUAUGAAGUUGUUGGAGAUUAUGAAUUCAAAAUAUCGGUGCAGAUUAUUUCGGAUGUAUAUAAUUGAUGCUCCGAAAAUUUUCAAAACUUUUGGGAAGUCGUUUUUAAAUUUCGCUCCUUCCUAUAUGACGAAGAAGCUAAAGAUUUUGGACGCCAAUUAUGCGUCUUAUUUGAGGGAGGAAAUUUUAGACACCCAACUGGAGAAGAGAUAUGGGGGGGUGCGGGAAAUCCGGGACAGCGCCUUUUACCCUUUCGCCUUUUACCCCAACUGUUGUUGCGCAGGGGGAGGGGGGGCGACGCAGGAAGUAGAUUUUGACCCUUCCAGUGUUGGCCUAAAGGGCCCCGCCGUCGGAUCCGGUUUCCAACAAAUGAGCGACAAAGCGCGCGACUUCCUAAUGUCAGGCUAUUCAAUGCAUCUGAAAUUGGUGGACCGAAUUCAUAAGGAAUCCAUGAGAAAUCAUUAUGCCCACCCCGCGCCUGCAGAAGCCCACAGUAGGAGUAGAGUUAAAUGGAGUAGCAGCAACAAUAGCAAUAUGAAACAUCUUGUCAGCCAUGGUAAUAAUAGCAACACUAGUAGGAGGAAAAAAAAAAAAAAAAAUUUAUCCAAAGGGGAUGAGUUAUUAGAAAACUGUUUCAUCGAUGCGGUGAUAAAUAAAGUGUAUCAAAUCGAGAGUAACAACAUUUUAAAGAAUAAUAAAUUUGUGAAUGCAAAAGGUAGCUAUAUCGUUAGUGUAGGAAGCACCCAUAACUGGCUCUUCAAAGUGAAGCACUUAUUUCUUCCAGAGAUAACCAUCAAUUAUUUAACAAGUAGGUUUCCCUUCAUUGUAAACUACCUCAUCGUCAAGUCUAAUUUUAAAUCUAUACAACAUUAUGCGAAAUAUAUAGACAGUUGUGCGUGUUUGGAGGGAGAUUAUUCUGUUCACGACAAACAUGGCAGUGGUAAAUAUGAUCGAGAUGGUAGGGAGGAUAACAGGGGCCAUCCGUAUGGGAGCAAACAUUUCCUUUCCCUUAGCUCGAUUGCCAAUACGACUAACAAUACAACUGCAAAUGCGCCUGAAAAUAACAUUGCGCAUUUUAGGGAUGAUCCGGACGAGCGAAAUGUUCACACGCUGAAUAGUGUAAAAUCUGCGAAUAGACAUGUGGACAAUAGUCGCGUGAGGGUGGGGAAGAGCAGAGUGACUACUUCCCAUGCGCAGAACUCAAGGAGGAGUAAAAGAAAGGGCGAAGGGGGCACGACGCAAAAUGGGCUCAGCGAGUUCUGUGCGUACGGGGGAGGUUCUGGCUGCCGUGUUGGAGGCGAUCAGGGAGAUGACUACACGAGGAGGACGAGAGGACCCAAUCAGGUCUCGUCCAAAGAUGCGAAGAAAAACUUUUACGCCAAUUCGGAAUCCAUCUUUGAAGAUAAUAAUUGCAAUAAAUCUGCUAAGGAUAAGAUUGGCCAUCCGCAAAAUAAGCAGUCCAGUACGUCGAGGCGAAAGUGUAAGGAGAAAACACAAAAGUCUUACAAAAUUAAGGCCACCAAUAAUUUAUUCAAAGAUGAAUUAGUAGAUCAUUCUCAGAAGGUCGAGUGUGUUGAGGGGGCUUUAUUGAAUAGAAUGGUGGGGGAAGAAGAUUAUUCGUCACGUUAUGAUUUCAGCAUUGGCAUGGAUCAUUCAGGAAAGGCGACAGCGAGUGCACAGCCUCAGUGUGAGAACAGCUCGAUGAGCUUAACAAACGCUACCUUCGCAGCGACCUCGACAAAAGCAGCCAACUCAAUCAAAACUAUGAAUUCGAUGAACACUCUCAACACGCUCAAUUCGAUGAACAGCGCAAACUCCGAAAAAAAAUUAAACAGAAACUCAUCCCUAAUUAACAUGAAGUCAGUUAUACCCAAGAGGAUAGACUAUGCGAGUUCGAAAAUCCAGAGGCAGUCUACCACCGUGAAUACAUCCUACAGUACCAAGCAAUCCAAAGAUUCUUUUAGGAAAUUGGAAACCAGGGAACAUUUAGAAGAACCACCACUAAAUGAUCCUCCAGGUGAUGAUGUAACACUUAGGAGUAACGGCAAUGCGGUCAGAGAUAAAUAUUCAACAACGAUAGCUGACGUAACGCACACUACAGACGAUGCAGUACCAACUGAGGAAGGGAACCAAAAUAUCAGCUCCCCUGAUGCGCAAUCGGAUUGCACUAAACAGACAAAAGGUAAUGCAUCCGAUAGGAGUAAACGAAGGCUCAACAAAAUUAAAAUUAUUGGCUUGCAGUUUUUUAACAAAACAUCUUCCAAAAUGUAA